AUGUUUGAAUCUCUGAGGUUUCUGGACAGCAAGAGAGACACACACUCAACUGGCGGCCCAACAGCCGUUAUCUGGACCACGGUGCGGCAGACAGUGUCCAUCAGUGGAGCCCAGCGAUGCCGGUCGGACCCAGUUCCUGAUCAAUCAGUCCCUGAUUCACCCUUCAGCCAGCCUCUCUCAGCCUGUCCUUCUGCUUCGGAAGGGAGCUGCUGCCAUACAGCCCCAUCACCGCCCAAGAUUCCCUCUUCACAGUCCGCCCGUCUUCCCUCCAACAUCCCCCUUCGAACCCUGCCUUCUCGCUCGGACCAGGAACAGGCGACGUCAUUGCUGGGUGCCCACCAGAGCCCCGACCCCGACUCUCCCUCCCGCCGUCACGGCCGCGGCCACCAGCACCAACACCAACACCAUCACGGCCACGGCCACGGCCACGACUACGACCAAAAGUCCAUUGCGUCCGGCUCCGAAUCCUCUUGGACCGACACGGGCGACAUUGCCGAGCAGCUCGGCGACGAGGACCCCCUGCGCUUCCAGCUCGACCACGACGCCGAUGACGAGCUGCUCGCCGGCCUAGCACGACGACAUACCAAGAGUCACAACCCGCAAAAGCGAGUCCGCAUCCAGCCUCCCGCCGGACACGCCCAUCGCGCCCCCUCGAGACCGGGCCCCGUCGACAAGGAGGCCAUCGAGGUCCCUCGCAUCCAGAAACCUCGUCCCACCCUCACCCUUCGCGCCCUCGGCUUCAUCAUGACCGGCGGACGCUCCGUCCAUGGCCUCACCGGCAAGGCCCUGGUGUACUUCACCAGCAUCUUCGUGUCAUUGGGCGUCUUCCUCUUCGGAUACGACCAGGGUGUCAUGUCGGGAAUCAUCACCGGUCCCUUCUUCAAGGCCUACUUCCACGAUCCCUCAAGAGCCGAGGUCGGCACCAUGGUGGCCAUUCUCGAGAUCGGCGCCUUCAUCUCCUCCCUCAUUGUCGGUCGCGUCGGUGACAUUAUAGGCCGCCGCAAGACCAUUUUCUACGGCUCCAUCAUCUUCUUCGUCGGUGGUGCCUUGCAGACCAUGGCCAACGGCAUGCCCAUGAUGAUGCUCGGCCGUAUCAUUGCCGGUUUCGGUGUCGGUGCCCUGUCGACCAUUGUGCCCGUGUACCAGUCCGAGAUCUCUCCUCCUCAUAACCGUGGCAAGCUCGCCUGCAUUGAGUUCUCGGGUAACAUCAUCGGCUACGCCACGUCGGUCUGGGUCGAUUACUUCUGUGGCUUCAUCCAGAGCGACAUGUCCUGGCGCGUUCCGCUGAUGAUGCAGUGUAUCAUGGGCGCCCUGCUCGGCCUCGGCAGCCUGAUCAUUGUCGAGUCGCCCCGAUGGCUCCUCGAUACGGACCGUGACGAAGAGGGCAUCAUUGUCAUUGCUGACCUGUACGGCAAGGGUGACAUUCACAACCCCAAGGCCCGUGAGGAGUUCCGUGAGAUUAAGAUGAAUGUCCUGCUCCAGCGCCAGGAAGGCGAGCGUUCCUACGCCGAGAUGUUCCGCCGCUACGGCACCCGUGUCUUCAUCGCCAUGUCCGCCCAGGGCCUGGCCCAGCUCAACGGCAUCAACGUCAUCUCGUACUACGCACCCUACGUCUUUGAGUCGGCCGGCUGGGUCGGACAGGAUGCUGUGCUGAUGACCGGCAUCAACGGCAUCACGUACUUUUUGUCGACCAUUCCCCCGUGGUACCUCGUCGACAGGUGGGGACGCCGGCCUAUCCUGCUCAGCGGUGCCAUCCUGAUGGCUGUCUCCUUGUCGCUCAUCUCGUACUUCAUCUACCUCGACGUGUCGUGGACGCCGACGUGCGUCGUCAUCUUUGUCAUGAUCUACAACGCAGCCUUUGGCUACUCGUGGGGUCCGAUCCCCUGGCUGUACCCUCCCGAGAUUCUGCCGCUCAGCAUCCGUUCCAAGGGUGCCAGUCUGAAUUGGUUCAAGUGGUGA